AAUUGUUGAUUGGAAAGUUGGAUUUGGGAGACGAUUACUCUAUACCGAUCACUCAAGAUAUAGUAAUUGAACAGCAAGGGAAUUACGCACUAUCUACUCGUCCAGAUCGCCCCGCUACACCAUCAAGUCACACCAAAACCACCAAAAUCCAAGGGACCGAAAAGUCCGGCCUCAGCACCACAGCUACCCCAGCCACCAGCUCCUCCUCCCCAAAUACACACACCAUGGGUUUAUUCUCCAGCUCAGCCGACAAGCUGCCCGCCCCCAAGAUCUCAACCGACGGCACACCCAUCGCGCCCGACCGGACCGCGCGCGCGAAGUGCUGGGAGGCGAGGGACGCAUACUUCCAGUGCCUGGACAAGAACACCAUUAUCGACAGCUUGACGAAUAAGGAUGCCGCGGAGAAGGCGUGCGGUGCGGAGAAUAAAGGGUUUGAGAAGAAUUGCGCGAGUAGCUGGGUUACAUAUUUCAAGAAGCGCCGAGUGAUGGAAUACCAGCGCGACCAACAAAUGAAGAAGCUCCGCGCAGAAGGCGCACAGGAAAUCCCAGCAGGAUCCGUCCCACCAGGAAUCGGCUCGAUACCAACCGCCGGACCCAGGUGAACAACCUACAUACAGCAAGAGGAAGAAGCAGGAGGAGUUGUGAGAAUAAGAAUAAAAUUGUAUGAUAUGUAAAAAUACGGUCAACAGUAGCAGGACAAAAGGGGCAUAUGGCACGAAUAUAACGAGUUAAAAAUAUUAGUCUUUUGGACAAAUCCACUCCUAUAACAAACACCACAACUCAAAGCUCAAAAGCCACACCACCUCUCGUCAAACAAAAGAAAAAAUGCCGAUAGAGAACCGGAA